CGCUAGAUUGCCGCAAGAAUGCUUGAGUACAUUCAAAAAGUGUUUGAAGGCAAAAUAGACUUUGAAGGACAGAACUUGGUUGAGCAGAUCGUGCGUAUCACGUUGUUCGCGGCGACGGUUGUGUCGUUCCUACUUGGAUUUGCCUUGCAAUCUCUGCAAGUUACCUUCGGAGCGUUUAGUGUAGUUACUGUCGCCUUGUUCUUGGUUGUACUUCCGCCAUGGCCCAUGUACAACCGUUACCCUGUUCAGUGGCUUCCUGCUCAGGAUACCAAGGCCAAAUGAGGUGCCCCUUCCUCCACCCGUGUAUUUCUAUCGGAAUCACAAGCUUUUCAUAUGUGUAUGGACAUUGGGAUCAUGCGUGGUGAGCGGCCUAGCAGUGUCAGUUUGGCAUGACUACUGGCGUAAUAUGAUUUUUCGAGAUGCGU